AAUAUGACGCAGAAUAUUAACCGCUAAUUUACGGUUAAGUUUUUAGAGAAAUAUAAACAACAAUCGAAGUAUUCACAUAAAACUUUAUCAUUACUGACUAUUAUUACUGCAUUACAUGCAGCAAAUACAGUGUGACGAUCGUUAAAAUAAUCUAACUCGACGUAAUCAAUUGUGUUGGGAAAAUUGUUUUCAUAUUAACAGAAUCAGGCUGACUUAUUGCGUUCGUUCGCAAUAGCGUCCUAACCUCUAUUUCGCAUCGUACCUUUCAAAGAAGCUGUGCUGUGCACGAUUAAAAAAGAAUGGCUAAUUUUCCUAGUAUCUACGAAGAAUUCCCUCCGAGAGAACAGUUUACUGUUAAAAUGUGACAGUGUAUUAGAUCCUGAAUGAAAGAUGACAAGGCACGUAUAGUUUGUGAUUAUGGAGUAUGACUCUGCAUCGAAUUGUGAAGGUCAUCUGCGAGAUUGUGAAGCUUCAGACGAUCUCUCACGUUUAAGACAAAUACAGAAACUCGAACGAUCAGCCUGUACCACGAAUUCUACGCCAUGGCAUUCUCUACAGAUCGUGACACCACAGCCAAAUGUCAAAUUAGGAUCAACAAACAGAAGUCUUUCGUCUCAGGUAAUGGAAUAUUACCACAAGUAUUCUCAAAAUGCAAAUUUGGAUCAAUAUUUUUCGUUGCCUGCAACUAGUACAUCACCAGAAGCAAUUAAAUGUUAUUACAGUAUAUAUGAAGUAAAUCCUAAAUUAGAGGCUAACAGACAAGAUUGUAUAGGUGAAGAUUAUAAUUUAAGGACUUCCGUGCCUAGAGAAAGAAGAAGAUGGGUGAGGCCGCCUCUUAUCGGUCAGUCUUCAAAUGCAGAGUCAUCAUCUAGAUACGUUCAACCAUUGUCAAAUCCAGAAUCUCCAUUGCCUGAUUUAAAACAUAUUGCGCCAGAAACAAUUUUAGAGGAGAAAAAUGAAAGUCAAGAGACACUGACAGAAAGCAUAGAAAGGAAAGUAUCUUCUCCAACUUCGAGUGUCGCUUCUCACAAACCGCUCGAAUGGGAUAGCGGAGCAGACGUUGGUUACUUUAAUCUUGUACCUUGUAAACAAAAUGAUAAGAAAUUAAGUACAAUAGAACGCAUGGCUUUAGCUAGAGGUUGUUCUGCUGCGUUAAGAUUGGACCCUGAAGGCACUACAGAAUCGGGAAUCUCUGGGAAACUUGUGGGGAUUCAGAAAAAUACAACUACUUCUACAGUGCCUGAUGCUAAUUCUACGCCAUUACUGGAAAAUGCAUCAGGAUCGGAAAGUGAGAUUGAGAUUACUCCGAUUGUCAAAAACCACUUGCCAGGUAUAAUAACAGGAAACUGCAUAAAAUCCAGUGAGAAAACUCUUCUUAAGGAUCUCAAAGACCAAGAUACUUUUACGCAUUAUAUCAAGAAAGAGCACAACCAUGACACUUCAAAAUCAACGUUUACAUCUAAGAUCCCUUUUGUAAAAUCCUCGAGCAAGGUAAGAAAGCUACCAAACAAACAGAAUACGAAUAAGGAAAAUAUAUGUCCUUCUACGUCCCCUUUGAAAAAGAGCACAUCCAUGAACACGUUAGUUAUACCGGCUUUUAAAUUACCGUUGAAAAGAAGCCAGAGCGAGUUGAAUUUGUACGCUAGAGAUAAGAACAGAGCCGCGUUGCCACUAAUUUUUAAUUCUUCAUCCUCCAUCGCUACUAUUGUAAAUAAACCUUCUACUUGUGAUAAAGUUAUACAGACGAGUCUAUACGCUUAUACUCAAGAAUCCGUUGGCGUGCAAGUCUCGGUUCUCGAUGAGGAAAAGCCGCCGUUACCAAAGAGAGGAACUAGUUUGCAAAAGAGUUCGACGUUAAUGUUAGAGAAUCCAAAGGGAACGUACAAAGUUCAAAAUUUGAAAAAGCACGAAGCCAAUGAAACGAAGCGAGAUGUUAGGAUGAACGAGCGUAGCAAGGAAGUCGGAGCAAGUUAUUCAGAACCGUCUCAAAGCGGUUCCACGAGGCAUACACCUCAGCCUGAUGACGUGGAGAAUAUAACCGGCAGAGCAAAUAGUUUCGAGUAUUUUCCUGGUCACGUAUACGAGAACGUUCCUAAUGGAAGCGGUAGCCAUAUCUCAUCUUCCGAGACCGGGAGGUCCCAUUCCACUAUACCUAAUACCAGCUCCAGUAUUAACGAGAAACUGUGGGGAGAUUCGGACAGCUUGGUGAGGGAUUUAGAACGAAGCGUAAACAUAUUGAAGAGUCUCGUCGAUGCGAAUAAAUGCGACAAAGAGAUUAAAAAAAGACUGAUACAUCACGUAGUCAAGAGAUUAAUUACCAAAUAUACAGACGACAAGAUCGAACAUAAUCUCGAAGACAAUGUUCCAUGGAAUCCCGACGAUGCCAGGAACAAGGUUUACGGUAGGGAGAUUCUCCGGGCUUUAACGAAAAAGCACAAUACCAGCGAUUCCUCGAGUGACUGGAAUUUGCAGAAGCAAAUGGCGCAAGGGAAGUCGUCCACAAGGAACAGAAGGAACAUCGCGAAAGAUAUCGCGUUGGAAAGUAGUAGCGAUAAAAUAGACAAAAAUACAGAUAGAACAGAAACUGAUGGACGAAAGGCGAGGAUGGGCCUUAGAUCUGACGAUUGUCAUCGGAGCAGUAACACUGUAACCGAUCCAGACAAGAGCGAGAGCUCGGAGUGUUUCUUUCCUCAAAGAACUCGCAAAAGCAAUAAAGUGCAAGAUAUAUUUUGUGCGAAAGAAAGAUGUAAGAUUUCGACGAUGACGACGACAACGACGACAACGACGACCACCACCACAACCACCACUACCACCACGACCACGAUCAACAGUACUCCACCUGAUCACAACCGGAUGUUGUUGGACGCUGUUGUUAAUAACAGAAGAACUGUCGUUCGUUCGAGCAAUACAGGGGAACAAGAUGACUGGAGACUGCUUACCACGUUCUCAGAGAGACAGUUUGAACUGAAAAAGUGUGGUAGCUCCGACUCCGCAGACUCGAAGUUGGUUAGCUACGCCGAGAUGGAGAAAAGAAAUCAGUUGAUUUGGAUCACGAACGAGAUUAGCCAUUUGUGCAACUUGAAGAAAUUGUUGGAAGAAUCGCGGAGAUCGGAGAGGCCACGAACGUCUCCAAAGAAAUCGAGGUCGGGGAACUUUAAAAGGAAACCAACUUCGGGGUCAUUGACGCAUCUGCACGAAUUGUCUAAAAGCGACGGAUCAGACGCACGAGCCGAUUCAGUGGGAGAGCCAUGGUCGUCUCAUUGUAACUUGGCAACCUGUCAAUUUUCCAGUAGAUCAAACAGUAUCAUCCAACGCAUUAAAAAGCGAAACAGCUGCGCGCAAACGGCGACCAACGUUACCAGUGCUCUCUCGAAGACUGGCGGUGAAAUCGUGUCUGCAUCCACCCUGCAUAGUUCCACGAUGAAGCUAGUUAGCACGGGGGUGCAGACUGACCCUCAAGAAUCGUCAACAAUUCCCGCUCUGAUACAGUCAGAGAUCGUGCAUUAUGUCAAGUGUCCGGCGCACAAUGCCAUGCAUUUCCAGAACAGCUACGUGUGCAACGAGCAAGCGAAUCAAUGCUCAAAGUAUCACGCCAUUCAGAAUGUAGUUACAACUUGUAUGCAAUGUUUACAGGAGCAGAAGGACCAAUCGAGCAGCAUUCAAAAAAUGCACACAAACAUAAAGAGCUUUCAAGAGGAGAGUCCAGUUGACUCGCAAACGUUGUCCGAUCAGACGAAUGGCAACAGCGUUUCCUCGUCCGAAAUAGUCCAUCAUUGUGCGAACAAGGAGGUCCAGACGGGUUCGCUUAAGCAGAAGGAAGUGAAGAAUCAAAUAAACGCCUCCAAGUCCAAGUUGUGUAAAUGUGAGAAUAAAAAGGUAUUGUCGAAAGGAUGUCAAGCGUGUACUUUGCCGGCAAUUGCGUUGGAAAGUAGCAGCGUCUCUAAAUGCGAGGAAUGUCAGAAGAAGGUGGUACACGCGCGCGACAGAGAUGAGGGGAACUUGCAAGAACAUGGCUGCACAACGGCGUGCGAAUGCGACAACAACCAGUCAAAGAAAACUCGGGCACCUAUGAAAUAUAGUUCAAAGUAUUAUCAGAAUAGUAACGGACACGUGUCGAGCUUGAAUCAAAAUGGCCGUAUCAAGUUGUGCGGAUGUUCCAACGACUGUUUCUGCGAGAACAGUCGCGAGCAGGAUGUUCAGAAAGCGAAAGGGUUAUGCAGUUGUCAUCCAAAUGGGAAAGUUCAAUGCAACGGGACCCGCUACCUCCGCGGGGAAGCAGAAGACUGUCCGACUCAACCGUGGCCUUAUUGCGUGACUAACGGGCAGGUUAACGAAACUGCACAGUACAAAGUACAAAGCAAUGGGAAAUGCGACUGCGAGAAAGAUUGUUUCUGUAGUAACCGAGCGAAAAAUAGCGAUGAAUUGUUGCACGGUAGAGUCUGCAACAGCGGCAAGCCAAAUUACGUGGACGAAGCGAACCAAACCAGUGAUUUCGAUACAAAUUGUAAAUACUGUUGUCGCUGCGGCGCAGCAUAUCAGAGCGUCAAAAAAUGUAGUUGUUAUCAAACGUAUCCGAAAGCCAUCGCGUACGAGUUAUCGUUCGCGAAAGAGAACGGCCAGAGACACAAUGGUCUGGGUACGUUGCUAAAAGUGCCAUUAUUGAAUGAAGGGAAAACGGAUGGCUGUGUUUGCAACAUGAUCAAAAAAGUUAGCUCGAAGAGAAGUUCUCCGCGAAAAUGUACUUUGCAAGAUUAUUUGUCUAGAAAUAAGGCGGAUUUUGUAAAUAAUGCAGAAACGCGCCGGCAAUACAUGUCGGAGAUAUGUCAGCUGCGACAACUGCGAAAGGAAAAAAGAAUACAAUUGUUGGCGAUGGCAACCACGUCGAAUGUUAUAAAAUCACCGAGAGCUUCUUGUAAACCAACAGUUUACACACAGAGAAAGAUGAGCUCCGAAGAGAUGAAGGAGAGACUUCGCAAACGGUAUUUUCGUCUGAACGAAGUCCGACAGAAGCGACGACAGCUGGAGAAACAGGAAGAGGCACGACGUAACAAACUCAUGGCUAAAAUCUUUUGUAAGAAAUUGCAGCAGAAGGUACUGAGGGGCCAAGUAGAUCUGUCUCAAAGCGUUAGCGUUAUAUCCAACAUGUAAUGUUAAAGAAAUGUUUCCCUGUGCGUAGUUUAAAUGUCAAUUAGCAGUCUGAUGAUCGGACAGACAAUAGAGAAACGUACAAACUAUCUUGCCUUUCAAACUGAAAGGUUCAUUAAAGAUUUUUGUUUCAAGAAUUCUCUUGGAUCUGACUUUUCAUUACAAUAAUGCAUAAUAUAUAACUAAUGUUAACAUUUACUUUAUAGGCUGCACAUGGACGUCUAAAGUGGCGUAAGGUUUACUUUCGCGUUCGUGUGUAACACGAAAUAGAACAAUAACGUAGUGACCUAGAUGAUCCAGGAAUUUUUGCUAUAGAUCUAAGAAUUAAAAAUAUCAUAAUGCGUUGUUCUACAAAUUUGUGCCUACAAAUUUAUGAUAUUUAACAAUGAAUUUAAGAAACUUUGUCUUGCCAAUAUAUUUUCAUAUCAAAAGUAUACCGAUGUGAUGCUCGGUUGAAUUCUAAUACAGUUGUUCCAUCAAAAUUCAAUGUUACAACGUAAGAAAAUGAAUUGAUACAAUGAUUGUAAAUAAAAGAUAAAUUUAUUCUUUUCGUUUGUCGAAGGAUUUGGAAUACUUUUGAAUUGAAAUUGCUAUCUGUUUUGCAAAAUUUGCGAUAAGAUCUUUCGGUUUUAUUGGACUUUAACCGAGCUUUAUUUUAUUUAGUAAACGGUGCACGUAUGCUACAUCUGAUAUGAUAAUACAAUAAUGAUUUUCAUUUUCGUGAAACAGCUUUACGACGGUAAGGUUUCACAUUUUACUGGUAAAAUGUUUUUGAGAGUGAAAACGUGCUGCGUCGAGGAAGCGUUCGGUGGAAAAUGCUUUAAGAUGAUGAAAGUAGUUGUUAGUACCUGAAUACACAGUACACAAUCCUUUAUUAUUCGUAAGACUUAAUAAUAUAGUCCCUUGGAUUUUUACCUUCAAUAUUUUACCUUUUUGUAUGAUGAUUAUACUCAUUUGAUUAAUAAAAAUAAAACGAAUCCAUAUAGGAA